AUGUCAAAAGCAAAUCAGCAAUCCGAGGAUCUUUCCGCCUCGCAAACCAUCACACUGACAAGGCUCAACGCUAGUGGGCACAUUGAUCAAUUGCAGCGUCAGUACAGCUUGUUGAGUAUCUGCUCAACGUCUGUUACUAUCGAUUGUGCAUGGGUGGCCAUGGGUGGCUCUAUCGUCGUAGGAUUGUCGAAUGGCGGUCCACCAGGCAUCAUAUGGGAGCUCUUGGUAGCAUGCAUAUACUAUUGUUUCAUAGCGGCAAGUAUUGCGGAGCUCGCUAGUUCAAUACCAAGUGCCGGAGGAGUUUACCAUUGGGCGUCAGUGACAGCGGGUCGAUAUGGGCGUGUGGUUGGCUUCUUCACUGGUUUCAUAAAUUUCUACGGCUGGAUUUUUGCCCUCUCAUCUAUCGUUUUCAUUCCGUCAAAUGUCUUCGUAGACAUGUAUGCCCUCUUCCAUCAAGGCACGUACACGCGACAAACCUGGCACGUUUAUCUCGCGUUUGUUCUGAUCAACGUAUCUUGUCUACUGGUUGUUAUUUUUCGAAAUCGAUGGCUUCCGCUCAUACAAAGGCUGGGGAGCGUGGCUGUGAUUGGAGGUGGGGUUGCCACAGUUGUGAUUCUCGCAGCCUUACCGCGUCAUCAUGCAUCUGCUGCAUCCGUCUUCACCACAUGGGACAACCAAACCGGAUGGCCGUCCGGUGUCGCCUUCCUCACUGGCAUGCUUAACGGAGCGUACACUAUCGGUACACCGGAUGCGAUCACCCAUAUUGCUGAAGAGCUUCCAAAUCCUAAAAGAGAUUUGCCUAAGGCCAUUGCGGCACAGAUGGUUAUUGGAACAUUAACGUCGUUUGCCUUUGCGAUCGUCAUCAUGUUUGCUAUCACCGAUCUGGAUGCAGUGUUAAACACUGGUACAUCUUUUCCUCUAGCGGAGAUUUAUCGGCAGGCUACGGGAAACACUGCGGCAACUUUCAUCUUGUUGUUCAUCAUUAUUUUGGCUCAGGUAGGGUGUUUGUUGGGAACUUAUACGGUCGCAGGAAGGUGCUGGUGGGCCCUCGCUCGCGAUAAUGCCACCCCAUUUUCGGGAUUCUUCUCCGAGGUGUCUGUUGACUUGAGCUGUCCGAUUCGGUCAACUGUCUUCUGCUUCAUCCUUUGUCUUGGUUUUGGCGCUAUACAACUUGGUAGUUCGACUGCCUUCAGUGACCUUGUCGGCUCUUUCGUUAUUCUCACUACCACCUCCUAUCUCCUUGCAAUCUUUCCUCAUCUUCUCUCCCGUCUUUCUGCUGCUGGACCAAACAUCGGAGAAGGUCCGUUCUGGAUGGGACCUAUCUGCGGACCAGUCAUCAACACCCUGGCAGUGUCGCUGAUCUUAUUAACAAACACCGUAUACUGUUUCCCUUAUUUUCUCCCCGUAGACGAAGCAUCAGAGAUGAACUAUAAUUCUGCUAUUCUAGCUGGGCUAGGCGUGCUGACGGUACUUUGGUGGUUUGUGCAUGGUAGAGAAAGAUACUCGGGCCCGAUUGUUCCUCACACCAAGGAAACCAUUUGA